AUGUCAGCCAGGCCCGCCCCACUCGGGAUUAGUCGGCGUUUACCGGGGUUAGCGGGUUCUCCGGGUUAUGGAACAGACCAGGACCAGCGUGACAUACCAAUUCCAACCACCAAUGUAACCAUUCCAAUAUCCCCUCUCCAACAACGGCACCGUGGCCGGUGUCCACUCCAUCCCCUAAUCAUCGGCCUCCACGGCGGAGGCUACGACCAUCAAUACUUCAACGCCACUCCCACCUACUCCGCCUCACGGCUCAGCACCGCCUUACAAGUCCCCUUCAUCUCCAUCGACCGUUCCUCCUACGGUAAAACCAAUUCCACCCCCCCCAUUCCCGAAACCUCCGACUUCUCCCAAGAAACCGGGCACUGGCUACACAAGUACAUUCUACCCAAGCUGUGGUCCGAAAUCGGCCUCCCCAACCAAUGCACCUGCAUUGUUCUCUGUCACAGCUUCGGCGUAAUGGGCGGCAUCGUGGCCGCUGCUCUACACGCAGAGGAGAAAACACCACUUUACGCUCUCGGUGGGCUGAUUGCAAGCGGGAUGUGGAAUACACAGGCCCCAUCUGCCAUGGAACGCAGUACGCUGUCUUAUGUGCCCAUUGAUGCCGAUCAUGUCAUGUUCGGUGUGGAUACUAAGGAUACGGUGAUGUUUAAACCGGGGACGGCUGCUCCGGAGAUUCUGGAUCAAUGUGAACAGUUGAAUGCGGCGUGUCCGGUGGCGGAGUUGAGGGGGUUUGCGGAGACGUGUUUGCCUAGUUGGAAGGAGAAGUGGGCGGCGCGGGUGACGGUCCCUGUUUUGUUUGCGCUGGUGGAAGAUGAUCCGUUUUUUGUGGCUACGGAGGAGGAACUUGGGAUUUGUGUUAAGGCGUUUAGGAAUAGUAAGAGGGUGGAUGGGAGUUUGGUGAGAGGUGCGCCGCAUUGUUUGGAGUUGAGUCUGUGUUUGAGGGGGUGGUAUGCUCGGUGUUUUGGGUUUGCGUUGGAGUGUGCGGCUGGUUUUGAGGGUUCGAAGUAGUGGAUGGGAUGGAGGGGGGUGAGCUUGAUAUUGUGGAAAAUAGAGAAGAAAGUGGGUUGUAUUUGUAGUAGAUGUGGUAAGUUUACAGUUGUUGUCUAUUCAGCUGGCAUGGAAGCUUUAUUGCCAUGUCGAACCUGAGUAAUUGCAUGCUCUCUCAACACAUACAGCCUUCCCCCAGAAGGCCUCUUUUCAUUGUUUCAAUGGCAACUCCAAGGGACACAUCGGU